AUGCUGGGAAUUUUGGAGGUGCUGCUAUUCCUUUGCAUCAUUGGAUACUUCUUCAAUAAAGAACGAGCAAUCGAUAUGGUUGAUAUCAUAUCGAACCGCGUUCAGGAAGCAUAUGGGUCGUUCCGGUUACCGAGCAUGUUCGGACCGGGAACGGAAACCCAACAAAAUGGUGGUUUUUCGACCUAUUCAAUGCUUAAGCGUUUCGGCGAGGCUGGAAGACGACAGCGUGAGUUAAAUGCAGACAUUGAUCGACAGGUGCGACAGCAAAGUCUCUUCCACAUAAAGGAAAUACCGAUAACGCACGUACAACCGGAAUUAAAACCAAUUCCAGGCAUGGCAUGUCCACACUGCUCGCCGACAGAAAGCCGUCCUCAGCUUACUGCGGACGAUCGGCGACGUCAUGCGAUAGAUAUUCUGCGCGUAACCACACACGCUGGUGAGCAGUAUGCUCGUGUCAACAAUCCAGGAGCCUUCGACUGGGGAGUUUGGUGUCCGCAUCUGGCUCAGGCGACGCGUGUCCGCCGUUUUUCCUACCCGCAGCUAGCUGAUACCGUUUUGCCCGAUGAACGAGUGCAGGAGGCCCUGGAUAUGGCCGCAAAAGAAUCCAUUAAUGACAAACGAGCAGAGCUGGGUCUUCCGGAAAAUGAUGAAAGCUUCGACGAAGAUAGCUUUUACAGCAAGAUGCUUCAAAUUCAUGAACUGAGAGCGAAAAAGAUCUUGAUCGGUAUGCGGUCGAAGAUAUCAAACUUAGUGUUGCGCAUUACCUCGUGGGUGCUGUAUAAAAUACUGCCAUGCUUUAUGUCCGGUGUGGUUGCCCAUCCAGCGCAGGUGGACAUGAUAAAACGCGCCAUCGAGAAACAUCCGGACGUGCCGCUCAUCUUCUUACCACUUCAUCGCAGUCAUCUAGACUAUAUUAUGGUUAGUUUCAUUCUGCUGAACAACGACAUUAAAUGUCCGCUGGUAGCCGGUGGGGACAACCUUCGCAUUCCCGUGUUCGGUAGCAUUCUUCGAUAUGAUGGAGCGUUCUUCAUAAAGCGCAAGAUCGACCCAUUAACUGGUAAAAAGGAUCACGUGUACCGAGCAAUUUUGCACACCUACUUGCAGAAGUGUUUGACGGCUGGUCAUAAUGUAGAAUUCUUCAUCGAAGGUGGUCGGACCCGUACGGGCAAACCUUGUAUGCCAAAGAGCGGCAUUCUGUCAGUGAUUGUUGAUGCAUUCAAUGAUAAAAGUAUCUCGGACGCAUUACUUGUUCCAGUAUCGAUCAAUUACGAAAAGCUGGUCGAUGGCAAUUUUGUGCGCGAGCAGCUAGGGCAAAAGAAAAUUCCGGAAAGCUUUGCUUCGGCUGCGUCUGCUAUCAUGAAGGUACUAAAUGCCCGGUACGGGCUGAUGAGGAUCGAUUUCAAUGAGCCGUUCUCGCUAAGCGAGUUGGUAAAAUCGUUACGUAAAUCCGACACUGCGCACAAUUACACACCAGAGAUGCGACGACUGCAGCACAAACCAUCUUCCUCCUCUCUGUUCGGUACGGAUGUGGUGCAGGAAGAGCAGGACCAACGUCAACUGAUCGACAACAUUGCACGGCAUGUGGUAUACGACAGUGCUCGUGCCACAUCCGUCAUGACAACAAAUGCUUUAGCAUUCCUUCUUUUGAACCGUUUUCGAGAUGGAGCACCGGUUUCGAUGCUGAUAGAGGCUCUUGAUGAAUUACGUGCCGUGUUGAACGGGGUACGCGAUCUCGGUUUCACGGGUUCCUCGGAAGACGUAAUACGCUACGCGACAGAUUUACUCGGACCCGGCCUAGUGACGAAGGAAAUUCGCAAUGGGCAAUUGUUUAUCAAACCGGUUGUUAUGAUUCCUAACGUGAUCGAACUGUCUUACUAUUCGAACUGCCUUCUACCUCACUUUGCGCUAGAAUCGAUCGUGGUUACGUGUGCAAGUUUACUGAAGCGUGAAACUGAACGUAAAGCGAACAUUGAUCGACACGAUCAUGUGGAAGAGGUGACGAUCGGAAGACGCGCGUUGCUAGAAAUGUGUAUGGAAUUUGCCGAGCUGCUGAUGUACGAGUUUAUCCUAUGCAAACCGUGUCAAAAGCUGGAAACAGUUAUUGAGAACACACUGCAGGAUCUUUGCCUACGGGAGAUUCUGUUGCAACCGGAAGUGGAGUUCACUGAGGAACAAACGAUGGCUCGGAAACUGGCACAUAAUUUGGAAUGCGAUGGAUUGGAUGUUGAUGAUGAAGAGCUGGAUGAUUAUUUCGAUGAGCAACAUAUUUCCAUCUCGGGCGGAAAAUUGGGAACAGACGAUGAUGACACACGAAUACACUUCCCUGCAGAAAAGCAUUGCGAUCGGCUUGUACUGCAAUCGGUCCUGGCUCCAUUUAGUAAUACAUACUCGGCAGUGGCAUCAUCAUUGCAUCUGUUGCUUGAUGGUAAUUCUAUAGUGGAAUCGGAAUUUAUUCGCCUGUGCAUCAAAGAAAUUAGCACACGCGUUGAGCUAGGAGACUGUAAAUACGGUGAAAGCAUAUCCACGGACACUGUGCGAAACUGCCUAAAGGUGUUCGAGAAGCGAUCGUAUAUCGAGAUUACAAACAACAGCGGUGUAAGAUUGGUUUCGCUACAAGCACCCUUCGAUACAAUGGCGGAGCUGCAGAACAUAGUGCAACAGGUGCACAUUUUCGUACCGGUUUAG